GCCGGUUCCGAGAUGGCGGCUGCCGCGGCGGAGCACGACCGCCAUGUUCGUGUCCAGCGCGCGCUGGAGCAAGUCAAUGGCAUAUCUAUAUCACGGAUCUAUAACGAAGCGCUGGCCGAGAAAAAAGCAAAGAAGACAGCGAGCGCGCAAUCGUUUGAAGAACGCAUUGAAGCCAUCAUUACCAAAACACAGGAAAUUGCUCAGCGCAUUCAGCUGUCUCAUCGACGCAGCCUCGAUGACUUUGACGCGGUGGAGAUAGAGGACGAUGACGAUGAUGACGAGUCGGCCGACGGGUUCACCAUCAUGGACGACGACGCUCAGGCAUCGCGUUCAUUCAAGCGGCAACUAAGUCGAUUCCUAAGCUUGCCUCGUUCGCUCAGCAAACGCGAAAUGGAAGAGAUCACCGAUAUGGUUCUUCAUGAAGUGAACAACACACCCGACCACAGCAUCCUCAUGCACGAAAUCGGGUCACUCAUCGAUGAGCAUGUUCUGACUCCUCGAGACGGGAACGACGGGGACGCAUCAGCAUCUGCCUUGCACGACGACGACCGCCAUCGAGGGUCCCUUUCCCAGCGGCGUCAAAAAGACAUUCCCAAGCUCGACAUCAACCCGCCAUCAGCCGUCGACAUGGCACAGCGGCAAAUCUACAAAUCGGCCAACAAGCUCAAUUCCAUCUCGUUCCGCGGCGGGUUCGACGACUCCCAUGCAAAGGGCCUCACGCGACUCUCGUCGAAAGCCACGAUGCUGUCAUUGUUUGGGCCCAACGAAAGCAUGGCGAGCAUGACUCGAAGCCCAACGAGCCGCGGGAGCCCCAAGGCCACGUCGCGCCUCAUGCGAACUUCGUCCAAAGCGGAAUUGGACGCGGCCGAAGCGGCCGCCAAGGAGGCGGCGUGGCGAGCGCAGGUCAAAGAAGAUUAUGUUAUGUGGCUGCGCGCCAAAUCCGAGGCGGCAGCGGCCAAGGUACAAGCCCGAAAAGAUGAACGAGCACUUCGAAAGAAGAAAAAGCCGCGAUGGCUGCUGCUGUAUGAACAAGGCCGGCUCCAGAGGCAGCAUCUAGACGAACAAAUACAGCAGCUUGAGGAGCCAGGAAAGUGAGGGAGGACGACAAGGUGCGGUGUUUGAUGCUUUAGAAGGAGCUGCUAAUGGAGAGUGCCGCAAUUGUC